AGCAGCGCACAUCUCCUUGGAACCGAGCGGACGCGGAACGGGCAGCCUGGCUCUUCCCCAUCCGGCGCGGAGCACCUCGAGACCUCGGCGCGCCCAUCGGUUGGAGAGCUUGAGUGCGCCCAGAAGCUCCAGAAAGAGCGUUUUCUUCGCCCCAGGAACCCAGGGAACUCGACUCCGUGCCAGAACGAAUCUCUGCCUUCUCUUCUCCCUCCGCGGUCUGCAGUGCCGCGCGGUUAGGUGGUGGAUGAAGGGGAGAAGGCGGCCCUGGGGAGGAAGCAGGGGCGAGGAUCUCCGGGCCCUGCUUCUUCCACCCGCCCCUCCAACGCGCGACCCAGACGGGGGAACCCUUCUCUGAAAACGCCCUUACUUUGGAUAUUAGGGGGUUAAGGAACUUCUUCUCUUCCGGCGUCCUUCAGAUAAUGAGCGUUUCCUACUUUAUUCAGCCUUGCUUGAAAUAGAAGUGGAAAUCUUCUUCUUUUAUAUGAAGAAGAAGAAGGUGGAAACUUUCCGCCACGGGCGAAGGCGUAAUGCGCCAAACCGUCACUAAUUGCCUUGUGCUUGACUUGGCUGCCAAUCGGUUUCUAAUUAUCCCACGUUUCGUGUUUUAUCUAAAGCUAAAUCAAACUCUUGCUCUUUUGGGGAAUAUCAGCCAGGCUUCAUCUUAAACGGAGCGUUCAGAAACUCUGCCUUCUGGAGUCGCGGUGGUGCAACAGGACUUCAGUAUGGACAGAGACCUCAAAGAUUACAGCAACAGGACACUUGCCACAGAGAACAACUCAGCCCCUUCCAAGGGCUCCCAUUUUCCUACCUGGGAAGACUAUAAAAACAGCGUAGAGGACAUUCAGUACUUCCUGAUUGGGCUUUACACUUUCAUCAGCCUCGCUGGCUUCAUAGGAAACCUGCUGAUCCUCAUGGCUCUAAUGAAGUGCAAGCAAAAAACCAUAAUAAACUUCCUCAUUGGCAACUUAGCCUUUUCCGACAUACUAGUGGUGGUCUUUUGCUCUCCCUUCACCUUGACCUCAGUUCUACUUGAUCAGUGGAUGUUUGGCGAAGUCAUGUGCCAUGUAAUGCCUUUCCUCCAAUGUGUGUCUGUCCUGCUGUCCACCUGGAUGCUGAUUUCCAUUGCUGUGGUCAGGUACCGUUUGAUCCGCCACCCUCUUUCUAGUAACCUGACGCUGAGACACGGCUGCUACCUCAUUUUCACCAUCUGGACUCUUGGUUUAGCCAUUUGCUCCCCUCUGCUUGUUUUCCACAAGCUCGAAGAUCUCCACCUGGAAGCACUGAAAAGCAAGCGCUUGUGUGUGGAGUCUUGGCCAUCUACAUGCUACAGGGUUGCAUUCACUAUUUCCUUGUUGCUCAUGCAGUACAUUUUGCCUUUGGUUUGCCUCACCGUCAGUCACACCAGAGUCUGCAGGUCCGUAAGUUCCAGAUUGUCAGGCAAAGAAAACAAACUGGAAGAGAACGAGAUGAUAAACUUAACCCUCCAUGCACCCAAGAGCCGGGGGCCUCAGGGACAGCUCUCUAGCUCCGAGAGGUGGAGUUAUACUUUGGUUAGGAAGCAUCGGAGGAGGUACAGCAAAAAGACAGCUAGCGUGGUGCCAGCAAUAUUAAGGCACCAUCGGGGCAAUACUUCUGGGGAUCUCCCUGAAACAUCAGGGACAGAAAGAAGUCAGCUUUCGUCCAGCAAAUUCAUCCCAGGGAUUCCCAUCUGCUUUGAGGUGAAACCAGAGAGUUCCGAAACACAGGAUGGGAUUACAAUAGCCCGAUCCACCACUCGGAUUCGGAAAAGGUCUCGGAAGGUUUUCUGCCGACUGACGGUGCUGAUUAUAGUUUUUGCAGUCAGUUGGAUGCCUCUUCACGUUUUCCACGUUGUAACAGAUUUUAAUGGCAAUCUCAUCUCAAACAAGCAUUUUAAAUUGGUGUACUGUAUUUGUCAUUUGCUGGGCAUGAUGUCCUGCUGUUUAAAUCCCAUUCUAUAUGGAUUUCUUAAUAACGGCAUAAAAGCUGAUUUGAUGGCCCUUAUUCCAUGCUUACCAUUAUCAUAAAACUGCUGUAAAUGGAACAAUAAAACAAAUUAGUAUCCUCGCAGGUUCAAACUGUGAACAUAUCUGACUGCUUGCGGGAAUGCGUUACGGAAAGUUCCUGUUGUCCAUUUAAUGUGACAAAGGUUAACUCGGUGGUUGGAUGAUUUGAUAACACUUCUCAGUUUGUAAACAUGCCAGGUGUCAAGGUUUGACUGGUCAAUCUACAAUCCUCUCAUCAUUCCCUCUAUGACAACCACUCAUGUCAGAUUUUCUGUCAGGAGGCAUCUAUUUGAUGUACAAAAGAAACAGAUCGUUUUCAAUAUGUACACUAUGGGUGGCAUCCAGCAAAGUAUUUCUGGUAGUGCAAGGAUUCCGACUUGUGCAAGGUAACUUCCCCUCCCUUUACCCAUAAACCCCAUGCUCCCCAAAUCUGCUCCAGAAGGUUGGGGGAAUCCCCUGGACAGAUUUAAAGGAUGCUCAAAGAGAAGAAACAGAGGGGAAGGUCUCCUUUGUAGUCAAAAAUCCUUGUGUUAGGAGCAGUGGCGUAGCGUGGGGGGUGCAGGGGGGGCCGGCUGCACC